UUCAAAGGAAAUGGCAAGUUUCAGAGAAAGAUGUCCUCUUCCAUCCCAGUUGCACCUGUGGAACGGCUUAGUGAUGCAGAGAAUUGUGCAGGAGAUUUUUCUGUUAGGGAGUUUGUUCAUGUGGACUUCCAAAAUGGUGCUACAACCACCUGCAAAAGAUCUGAGGUUGCUAAUUUGACAAUUCAGCUCACCCAACUGCAUUGGAAUUGCAAUCAAAUUGAUGCAAAAGGAACAUGCCAAGAGGAAGCAUGGUUUGACUCUGUUAGUAUUCUUGAAUCUGAUUCGGAUGAUGACUUUAUCAGUGUUCAUGGGGACUUUUUUCCUUCAUUGGGCAAUGCAACGGGAAUCAUCCCAGAUGACCAAAUCACUCCGUAUGGAAGUACAUCCUAUUUGGCCGAGAAUGGUUGUAAGUAUGAUACACUGUAUGGAACCCACCUGGACAUAGAUGGAGGUAAAACUGAUAGGGUUUUGGGCAAAGAUGAAUUAAAGGAAUCAAACAGAUAUUCGCUUUUAGGAAGUACUCGAGAUCAUGACCUUUCAUGCUUAGUGAUGGUUGAUGAAGGUUGUACAGAGAGGAGAAAAAUCUUAGACAACUCUUAUGGAAGCUUCAGCGGUCGGAAAGAUGGUUUGUUUAAUUUCGAAGGGAAGGUUCAAGAAAGCAAUUUGAAAUAUUGCCUACCGCGAUUGAUUCCAUUAGACAUUGAUGACGAGAAUCGACCUCCAUCAAGUCCAGGCUCGGCAUCCAAAAGAAAGAAGUCAACAGUUAUAUUGCUUGCUGUAAAGAGGAAACCCCAUAAUGGAGAUCAAGUGGCUGAAUGCUGCCCAUCUAAGAGAUUCCUAUAUCAUCUGAAGGCAGGACUUCUGGUUCCUCAUUCAACAGAAGAGAAGCCAAAUCCAGGAUGUUGGAGUCCUGUUGCACCUUCAGUUUUUAAGCUUCGGGGGGAGAAUUAUUUCAGAGAUAGGCGGAAACACCCCGCUCCAAACUUCAGUCCUUAUUCCCCAGUUGGUAUGGAUUUAUUUGUUUGCUCUCGCAAGAUACAUCACAUUGCUCAGCACCUUGAACUUCCCUUUGCAAGAACUCACAACAAAGUGCCACCACUACUCAUCAUCAAUAUACAGCUGCCUAGUUAUCCCGCCUCCAUGUUCCUUGGUGAUAGCGAUGGAGAAGGCAUGAGCCUUGUUAUCUAUUUCAAACUAUCUGAGAGUUUUGACAAAGAUAUUUCUCCUCACUUCUACGACUGUAUCAAGAGGCUGGUCCUGGAUGAGCGGGAAAGAGUGAAAGGUUUUGCAAAAGAUUCCACUGUUCCUUUUAGAGAAAGACUAAAAAUCCUGGUUGGGGUGGUUAAUACAGAAGACCUGCUCUUGAAUUCUACUGAAAAGAAGCUUUUACAUGCUUAUAAUGAUAAGCCAGUGCUUUCACGUCCCCAACACGCUUUCUACAGGGGACCCAAUUACUUUGAGAUUGACCUGGAUGUACACCGCUUCAGCUACAUAUCUAGGAAAGGACUUGACACAUUCCGAGAACGGUUGAAACAUGGGAUACUUGACUUGGGUUUAACAAUUCAGGCACAAAAGCCAGAAGAACUGCCGGAGAAGGUUCUAUGUUGUGUUCGAUUGAACAAGAUUGACUUUGUAAACCAUGGCCAAAUCCCUAGAAUCAUAAACCCCACUGACGGUGAUUGA